AUGGAGCAAGAAACAACCAAAGAAACGACCACGGAGGAAAAAAAUUUAGAAAUACCUGAUAAUGUUGGAAUUUCAAUGAUAUUACCUGAAGAAAGCAAUAUAAGUACUAAUAAUAAUAACAUAAAGGAAUUUGACAUUAACAUAAAAACACCAAAUGCAGAUUCAUUGAUUGGAGAACAAGCAAUUGACGACAACGAAUCUAAUAAUAACAAGGACGACAAUCCGAUAUCUCUCUCUUUCAGUUCGGAUGAUAAUAAUGAGAUUCCCGCUAACGAUGAAAAAUCAACGGUAACUAAUCAAAUAGAUCCUUCGAUAUUGGAGACUUCCUCGCUUAUUCCAAAUGUCAACAAUAUCAACAAUAUCAACAAUAAACAUGAUCUUGAAAUAUUCGAUUCUGUCGUAUUAAGCACCAACACCCAACAACCAUCACAAACCGACGAAAAUUUCAAAGAUUCAGAUAAAAAAGUCGAGUCUUCUAGUGAAAAUUUGAUUGAUUUUUCUUCAGAAAUUAAUAACUACAACGACGACGAAAAGAAUCAACAAGAUAAUAUUCUUCCAGAAAUUAAUAGCUACAACAAUAGCGAAAAGAAUCAACAAGAUAGUUUUUUUCCAGAAAUCAACAGUGACGGCAAGAAUCAUGAAGAUGAUAAUUAUGAUAGUGGUGUUGAUAAUAAACAGCCGAUAGUUCAGAAUUCCUCCAUCUUGAACGAAACAUCGUGGGUUCAAGAUGAAUUAGCAAUUACUUUAGAUGACACGAACCAGAUUUCACCGAGAGGUGAUGCUCACGAUAUCAAAGAUUCGUCUUCGAAUUCCAUAGGAGAAAUCAUUCAAAAUAAUGAUGAGGAAUUUUUCAAAUCAACUAAACCACAUGUUAUAUUUUCCUCAGCUCCAAUCUCUGAAAUUCCAUCCGACAAAGUGACCAAAGAAAAAGAAGAAACUACUCAGAUUCAAUCUCCUAUCGAGUCUAUUACGACCAAUGGCUCUAUUAUCGAGCCUAGCGCUCCUAUUACUAAAAAGCGCCAAACUCCUAAAGAAAACCACAACGAAGAGAUAGAGCUGAUUGACAAUGGAGUGCUUGAUAUUCCUCAAACCUCACCGCAAAAUAAUAGAAAACAAGCCUUGAACUUGAUUUUUAUUUCGUCGUUGGUAGUGGCGGUUAUUGCUGUUGUAUUGGUUUGGCAAGGGAAAUUUGAGCAGGAAAUUUCUCUCGAGAUGAGAACUCGACCAAUUUUCAAAGAAUUCGCAAAUUUAACCUCUCAUCUAUCGAUUAACCUUGGAAAUGCCGCAAUACCAGCUUCUGGUCCAAUACUAGAUCUUCGUUCAUCGUGUCACACACUUCGCGACACUUUCAAAAAGAACAAAAAGUUAGAUAACUAUGAUUAUCUUGUUUCUUAUCUUGAUGAUCUAGGCGAAAGCUCAUUUCUCACCGGAGAUGAAAUUUCACGAUUACAUGUCCAUGGAGAUUCUUUCCUCGCAGGCAUUCAACAAAGUCUUGCUGACUUAGAAGAGUAUAUUCCCAUCGACGUCCCAUUAUCAUGCGGUGAACCUAUUAAUUCACUUUCCGCUCAACUAAAAUCAAUAAUCUGGGAAUUUAGCUCAUUUGAAACUCGUCUACGUGGCGCGCUCAAAGCUACCAAAACUGCGUUGAACAAAUAUAAGCGUAAUCUACCACGAAAUGAUCCCGAUCAAGAUACAACUAUCGACCAAGUAAAAGAGUAUAUUGAAGAGUUAGGAAAGAUCACGAAUAAUCUAAAUAUAAAAAAUCGUGACGAGUAUGUGGACAAAAUUCGAAACGAGAUGAUAAGCUUAGAGAAAUUUGUUGAAUCUGUUGAGGAUUUGAUUAAAGAAGUGGAACUUAUCAGACACAAAGUUAUGGAAGAUAAAAGAAUACUUAGAUAUAUGUGUGAAUAUUAUGUUGGUGAUGAACAAGAUAAAGAAGCGUUGCAGAAAGCACGAGAACAAGUAGUUGUUGUUCAUGAACAGUUCAAGGAGAAACAGCAUGCGAGAAAAGUAGUUAUCCCAGCCGUUUUCCCUCCAGAAGAGGAGAAAUCUCGAUUUAAAUUUUGGGGGUUAAGUUCUCAAAAAAUGAAAACUAGCAGAGAGAGUGGUUCGGUAGUUCCAAUGGAAGAAGUCAUGGAAGAAGUCAUGGAAGAAGUUAUGGAAGAGGUGAGCGAUGCAAGCAUAGGUUAUUCAAAAAUGGAGGCUGUUCCUGCAAAUUACGGACAGGAAGAGGAAACAUGA